UGAUGAAUCUUUAUGACGUUGAAGAAAAUCGAGCCAUAAUAAUUCCCAGAGACGUAAUAGAAGCCAAUUCAGCUGUAAAAAAGUGCAUCAUUGACAAAGGCUCCCCUGUAUUUAGGACUAGACUGUGAAUGGAAGAGCAAAUUUGCUAGUUGUCCUGUAGCAUUAAUCCAAAUUGCUACAGAAGAACAAUCAAUCUUGUUUCAAAUAUGUAGGUUUGAGAGCAAACAUAGGCUCCCCAAACUGUUAUCUUCAAUCCUUCUGGAUGAAAGAAUUACUAAGGUUGGAGUUGGUAUUGAGGAAGAUGUUAGAAGAAUUCUACUUCAGUUUCAAAUUCCUGUUAGGGGCUGGUUAGAUUUGAGAUGCCUUGCUGUUCGAAAAGACUUUUUCUCGUUAUUUCUGGUUCAACAAUUUCAAAACUUCGAAUUAAAAUUGUCACAUGAUGCUCCUCUUACCGACUCAAUUGUUAAGGGUAGACGAAGCAGUUUCAUGCCGAAGUUAGGCCUUGAAAAGUUGGUUGCAGAUAUUUUGCAUCGGAGCCUGCCUAAGCUAUUUAAAAUACAAGUGUUAGGUAAUUGGGAAGCAUUUGAACUAUCCCAGGAUAUGAAGAUUUAUGCUGCAGCAGAUGCUGCUGCUUCAUUAGACAUAUUCCUCGGGCUUGAUGAAGCCAGACAUUGUACUUUGGUGAAUACCAAUUACAAUCUCAGAUGGCUUUCAGUUCCUUCAAACGAUCUCACUUGGAGAUUGGUCAUUGAAAUGCCUUAUAUUGACGGAGAUGUCCGACAAUCAUGUCUUGACAUUAUCUCCCAUAAGGUUCUGCGUCAGUGGAGACCAAUUUUAGCUGAUCACUACAAACGUUAUCCUAGUAAAAAGGUUAAAAGGUCCAAAAAAUCUCACGAUCGCAUUUCAGUUUCACCUAGUCCACUUGAAAAAGCUUUGAAUAACCAAAUUCCGAACUAUUUACAAGAUUCACAACUUCACAAGGAAGCUAAUAGUACUCAUCCAAGUUCAUCAUACCAUCGUUUACAGCUCGCAAAGACCAUGCAGCCAGGGUUCCUCCAAGACGUUAGCUUUGUUCCCCACAACUACCAGCAAGAUUCCCCCAGAUAUUUACCACAACCACCGUCAAGUGUUACAAUUAACCUAAACUACAGACCUCCUUGUCACAAAAAGGUUAAAAUGUCUCACAAACUUAGCACAGCCCGAUCACGUAACGUUGCUCUGACUAGAACGAUUUAUAUCGAUUCACAUGAUGCACACCUUCACAAGGAAGCUAAUGGUUCUCACCCUGGUUCGUCAGACCCUCAUUUACAAUUGAGAGGGCCAGCCGAGAUUAUGCAGCCAAAUUUAUACCAAGACGUAAGCUUUGUUCCCCACAGUUACCAGCAACCGUACCCUACAUUUGGACUACCACCUCCACCACCAGGCGUUCCUAUGAGCCAAUACCACCGAGACAAUGUCAUGUUCCAUCCCCAGUUCGGAUUGCCAGGACUCCCUCAGCCUCAAUUUCUAGUUCAGAUGCCACCAGAGAUUAGCUUCACUCCUCAUUCAUACACUUAAAACACUAGUUCAUGGACCAGGUGCAGGAAAGUGCACCAGAUUGGGUAUAAUUUCAAUGGUUCAGGAAGAAAAUACCAAGGAAUACUCACUUAAUAGAGUUGAUUGUUCUCACCGAAAUCCUACAACCCUCAAUUAUACCUCAUUCUGAGCGGGGGGACCAUGCACUUAGUAGUUAGUACUGGACGUGACGUUUGGGUGCAGGUGGUGGGUCAUAUUUUCGACGUCAUGUCCACAACUUAGUACCUGAUCGUCCCUGUUCUGAAGGCAAAUCGUUACUUUCGUUUUCUGUCCCCAUGUAAAAGGGAUUUUUGAUCAUUUCAUUCUGUGUCAAAUUUAUGACAGAACUUUGUUUUUUAACUGUAUACUGUAUAAUGUAUUUAAUGUAUAGUAUAGAAUGAAUUUAGACACGAAGGGUGUAUACUGUAUAGUGUAUUAUGUAUAUAUAUAAACCUUAUUUGCAAAAUUCUAUUUAUUCGCAGUGAUGCACUAUUCCCAUUCGUUAUUUAUCACUUUGAUUAAUGUCUGAUGUAUGAUUUUUAUGAUUUUCUGUAAUUUCUAGUUAUGUUUUUCAGUCAAAGCCUAUUAUCUGACGUUAUUUGAGGGACUUACUCUGGUAUAAAACCCUAUAAAAAGAUUUAAAUUGUUGUUUUGGAAUUGUACAUAGCAUUACAAAAUUAUAUUGUAUGAUAAGCUUUUUUUUACGGUUUG